AUGCAGCCAGACCUUGCCACAUCGCUGCCAGCCCUCUCCCUCGACGAAUUGCAGCCCGCCACCGCCGCAAGCACUCAUGCGAGCAAUGUCGUCGUCCCCGACCCGCUGCGCAGCCUCAUCGAUGCAGGAGAUGUGCGAGGCAUCGAAGCGCUGGGCGACGUCGACUUCCGGCAGCCGUACGACGACUUCCGGACGCCGACGCUGCUGCACCGGGCCCUGGACCUCGGCCACGAGCGGCUGUGCGCGCACAUGCUCCGGGCGGGCGGCGAGGCGCUGGCGCGGGCGCCGGGGCUGCACAGCGCAACGCUCGCACACGUCGCCGCGCGGCGGGGCAACGUCGAGGCGCUGCGCACGAUCCUGCGCCUCGUGCCCGAAUUCCUGCACGCCGAGGACGAGCUCGGCUGGACGCCGCUCCACGACGCGGCGAUGGAGGGAAGGCUCGCGGUGACGGAGUACCUUGUGCGGAAGGGAGCGGAUCUCGAACACCUCGACCGCAUCACGCGCGACGGCCAGAAGCCCGGGGACCUCGCCGAGCAGUCAGAAGCAAGGGAUGCCGCCGCGGUCGCGGCCUACUUGAGGCGCGUCCGGGCCGGAGGCGGCAUUCGCGUCCUCGUGAGGGAGGCGCGGCUGCCGUUCGUCGAGCUACGGUGGCUCGUGGCGCAGAAUCGCGCAAGGCCCGUCUUCUGCGUCGAGCCGGAGACCCUGGCGCUCGCCGCGUUCCUGCUCGAGGGCGACGGCGCCGAGCCUUCGAGACCUGGGCUCCCGGAGGGUCUCUUCCGUCUAGUCAUGCUGUUUUUGUGUUAA